AUGACGAAAGAUAUCGGACCCUCAGUGACAACAGAUAUACCAGCUGCCUGUGAUAUUCUGUUGGAUCGUGGAAGUUCCGCGCUGGCUUUCUCAGAGCUAGUGCUAUCGAUACACUCCGCGAGAACAAUCCUGUGUCCUGCAGGGCUAAAUCACCUAGACCCUAUUCCUCCUGAUAUGCGAGGAGAUGAUCUACCGGACCUUGCCAACUCCCAUGGGAGUGGUCCCAUGGGACUAUCCCAUAGGACCAUAUGGGAGUCCCAUCAAGUCCCAUGGGAGUGCCAAGAAUGGGACUAA